AUGCUGAUGAAGCUUUCUUUUGAAGAAGAAAUAAAUGCAAAAGUUGAACCAGUGAAUCCAUCAAAUGAAACAGAAUCGAAAAAUUCAACCAUUAAAUAUAUAAAGUACACGAAUAAUGGUUACUUUUAUUAUCCUCCAAGUAAUAAAUUAAAUCAUACGCCAAGCAAUCAUGUAGGAUUGUCCCAAAAAGAACAAGUUUCAACGCAAUGUGGUGGAAUAUUCAGAAACUUACAAAAUCUUAUCGAAGCACCAAAAUUCAUAACACCACGACCAAUAUGUAAUCUUAGAUGUGAAUAUCAAAUAGUGUCGCCUUACAUAUGUGAGAAUGAAUUUCAUGUGCAAUUUCUUGACUUUGCAAUUGACUCUUCUAAAGACUGUGAAAACGAUCGCGUCAUCAUAAAUUACUCAGAAGUGCUGUGUGGCAAGAUCAUUGGAGUGAAAAAGUUUAAAACAAAAGGUGGCGUUUUGAACAUAACAUUCUCAUCGAAAAUGUGGGAUUUGAAGCAAGGAAAAGGGUUCCGUUUACUUGUUACAAGAUUACCAUGUGUUGAAGAAACGAAUGAAAAUCAAUCUGAAGUUGAUACACUGGAACCGAAUUAUUCAAAUGAUGAAGAUCCCUGUUUUCGAGUUAAUUCAUCAUAUUCAGUUUCGGGUCCUAAUUAUAACUCGAUCUACCAAGUGUAUGGUGUACCGGGAGUGAAUUAUCCAUCUGUUACGCAACGACAAGAUAUACCAAUAACGCCUCUGCCACCUCCAACAAAUCCACCAGUUUUGCCACCGAUUUAUCCUCCAACAAAUCCACCAAUAUAUCCACCGAAUCCACCCCCAACAAGACCGCCAGUUUUACCACCAAUUCAACCUCCAAUUUUUCCACCGAUUUAUCCCCCCAUACAGCCACCAAUUCUUCCACCACAAUUCCUGCCUCAAUGCUGUAGAAAUAUUUACAAUCAACAAAGAUUUUUACUUAUAAGUCAGGGCUUUCCAGCUUAUGUUGUAACAAAUAAUGAUUGUAUAUUUGCUAUCCAACGAAGCUCUCCGGAUGUUUGCAAGUUGCGUAUUAUUUUCAAAUAUUUUCUUCUAGACGAUCCACAAAGUAAUCAGUUUGGAUGUGUCAAUAAUUUCAUAGAAAUCGACGGUCAAAGAAUUUGUGGUUGUAAAACAAACUUUGUUUAUGAAACAUUAUGGGGAUACGAGCCUAAAAUAAUAAGAUUGAGAACACUGCCAGGUACUUUCAUUGUACCACAAGGUUUUGUAUUUGAUGUCAUUCAAGAACCGUGUCCAUUUAAAAUUCAAGAAAAUGUCCAAGCAGAUGAAGUAGCUUUAAGACAAAAAAGAUUUUUCUCACACGAUUUUUUCCCUAAACCAUUAAUUGGAAGAAAUUUCCCAAUUCACUCACAAAUCAAUAAAAUAAAAUCGGAUAUUGAUGAAAGCUUCCGCUCAAAAUUUUAUGCUUCUGAUCCUAAUUACGUUAACAAUGUUUGCACGUUCAAUUCUUUAACACUCUUCAACAUGAAAUUAGAAACUAUUGGAAUACCCAAAGAGUUUUGUUUCGCUUACUGA